AUGAGCACACGCGUCACCAGAGCCGAAGCACGCAGGAGGAUGGCGGCCCUCCAGGAACCUCGCCCGGGGCAAGGAUGGUCGGAGACCCGGCCUACCCGAGCUCCGCUUCGGGCCCUGAAGCGGACCCGCGACGAGGACUCCGCACCAGAACCCGCGGUGAGCUCCGACAGCGACGUGGAGGUGGUCGGCGAUCCCGCCGUCGAGGAGGGAGAGAGCCACUCGGAGGAUGUCUGUCGGGCCACCGAGGAGACUCGGAAACGUUUCCGAGAGCGGGAGCCGUCGGACGAGGAGCAGCAGCGGUCGACGGAGGAGGAGGCGAGAUGGCAGGCGCGGCUGCGGCAGGACCACGAGGCGGCGGCGACGCGAUGGCAUGCCCGCUUGCGAGAGGCGGAGGAAGAGAAGCGACGGCUGUGGGAGGCACCGCCCAGUCCGAGGAGCGAGGACGAGGACGAGCCAUGCGCGCCAUCCCCUCCGCGGUGGUGGCCCGAGGUACCACCCACUCCCCGCUACGAGGGGGAGUGGCUCACAGACGGCGCUCGAGACGGCGAAGGAGGAGCACCGUUGGCCACGCCGCCGUGGAGGCCGGUCCGGCCACCCACGCCGCGAUACAUCGAGCCACAGCGACCGGAGGAGCACACGCCAAGCGAAGAGGCGACCACGCAGCCAAUGCCACAACCACAGGAGGAGGAAGUCCACCAGGCACGGGCGGAGGAGCCGUCGGUGGUGCGGACGGAGGUGCCGGCCGCGCACGUGAGCCACAGCACACGGGCGUUCGUGGCCGAGGGCGUGCGUUGGCGGCAGCAGACGCUGGUAUGGACGUGGCCCGAGGGGCCCGCGACAGGACCGACGAAGGAGGAGCCCAGGAUAUGGGAGGAGGGGGUACCCAAGGUCAACCCUCGGGACCCCCGGACGAGAAGCCGACAGGAUGCGUGGGUCCCGCCGACACCAAGCACGGGCCCGCCAACACCGGCGACGACGGCAACGACGGGGGAGGCAGAGUCGCUGGAGAAGGGACCGUGGGUGUGGCCCGAGCCACCGGCCACCCAAAGACCUCCGUUGCAGCAGCAAACUUCGACGCCCGGAUCGACGGGCCCGCGGCCGCAGUUCAUGCGGCAAGUGUCGGCCCCGGAAGAAGGCGGUUGGCGCGAGGUUGCCAGGAGCGAGUGGCCGGAGGGAAUUGAGGAGGCACCCGCGGUCGCGACGGCACGGCGGAAGGGCGGCAGGCGUUGCGUCCUGGUCAACGAAGGCGGAAGGAGGUACCGGGUGAGGCUCGGAGUCGCGGGCAUCCGGGUAUUCACACAAUAA